AGAAGAAGAAACGGGAAGAUGAAAGCAGCAGCUGCUGGUGACACAGCGAAGCAGGUUCUAUGCUUCGAUUAAGGACCUCUGAAGAAGAAGAAAGAAGUUGUGAAAUUUCCCAGCUCAGAGAAGCAGUGUUACAAAACAAUGACAAACUCCUCGAUGAGAUGCUCUGCCAAGAAAUCUACAAGAAGGUCAUCAACUGCAGAGGUGGGUGGGGCAUUGCAGGCACGCCUCUGCAUGCUGCUGUGUCUAAAGGCCACCUCAGCUGUCUGCAGGUCCUGCUAGCCCACGGUGCCCUGGUAGACUGCGUGGAUGUCAAGGCUCAGACCCCCCUCUUUGCAGCUGUUCGUGGGAAAUACCUGGACUGUGUCUUAGCGCUCCUAAGAGCAGGUGCCAACCCCAACGGGAACUCAUCCAACAACUGCUCCCCCGUCCUCACUGCUGCUCGGGAGGGUGAUGUGGAGGUAUUAAAGGAACUGCUUAAACAUGGCGCAGAGGUGAACUCCCGCUCCAAAGUCUUGCUCUGGACCUCCAGCGCCAGGGUGACGAGCGGGCCGCUGUACCUGGCAGCUGUUUACGGACACAUGGAGUGUUUCAAACUGCUGCUCCUCUAUGGGGCGGACCCAGAUUACAACUGCACAGACACAAAGCUGCUGAGUUCUAUCAAGCAGCCCAAAACUGUGCUGGAGAUGUGCCUCAGGCACGGCUGUGGGGUGGAGUACAUCCAGCUUCUCAUCGACUUUGGUGCAAACGUCUACCUCCCUACGCUGAUCAUCGAGAAGUCCACAAAGCAGAACGAGGCUGUGGAGCUGCUUCUGCGGGAAAGAGGAAAUCCAAAAGCCUUGACUUCCCAGUGCCGACUCACCGUCAGAAGAUACCUCAAAAAGAUCAACAAGAUCCACUGCAUCGACCAGCUGGAAAUGCCAACAUCUCUCAUUAACUUCCUGCAAUACAAACCUGUCCCAGCCACUGUUCUGUAGCUAAGUGAGCUGGAGGUGUGUUGUGUAAAUUCUUUUUUUUUUUUUUUUUUUUUUUUUAAUUUUAGCUAAAGCUUUGGUUUUAUUUGCAGAUUUUGAACCGUCUUUGUCUUUUUAUGAAUGACUCCUGUCUAUUCAUGUGCUGUUCUGUUGAGACUGAUAAGUCAAAAC